UAAACAAGGCCUUAGUUGGGGGUGCGGGGCUGGGGGGUGUUUGCAAAACUUUUAUGCCGCCAAUUUUUUGCCAAAAAGUAUAUAAAUAAAAACUAACUCACCCUUGGGCCCUCUUGUCAGAAGUAGACAAACAGGCGGGGGAGGCGGGGGCGUGGCGCGCCCUGAAUCGGAAUCGGAACGGCGCGCGUUCCCCUUCUCCUUCUCGGCUUCGUCUGCCAACGGCCCGCCGGGGCGCCACUCCCUCUCCCUACUUUAGGGUUUCUUCUUCCGUUGGUGGGAUCGAUCGCCGCCAUCCAGCUCUCUUCUGUUUCGAGAGGUACCAGAGGGAGGAGAUCCAUCACCGCUCACGCCUGCUGCGAUGGGCGCCAGGAAGCUGCAGGGGAGAUCGUCGGAGGGGCAGGGGAUGAUGCUGAAGACGACGAAGACGAAGAAGAACCUGGCGUGCGCGUCGGAGGGCUACGGGAUCCUGAAGGCGAAGAAGGAGGCGUUGGCGGCUGUUCGUCUCCUGCGAUUCAAGCGUGUCCCGGGAGGCAUGGAUAUCUGGAUGGACCACUGGCGGGAGACGAAGGCCAAGGCGGCGGCGGAGGAGGAGGAGGCUGCAAGGCCCGUGAAGGAGAGGAAGAGGGUGGUGAAGCAGAGGUUGCCCAAGGCGCUCAUCCAUCUCAUGGUGGCUAGGCCUUUCAGGACCAUCGAAGACCUCACUCCCCUUCAGCUGUCAAAGCGUUCCCACGAGUUCCGCCAGUUGUAUGCCCUCACCACUUUUGUGGAUGCCAAGGUCCGUGGCUACGAGCAGGCCCUCAUCCACCAGUACAACGCCCAGGGCUAUGCGGAGGACGAAAUUGAGGUGGAUGCCUCGGUGGUGGAGAACUAGACAAGCAAUCAAGCAAGCAAAAAUCUGUGUCUGCGUCUCUCUCUGUGUGCGUGUGUGUGAGAGCUGAGUGUAGAUCCGACUGUGAUGUAGAUGUAGCCAUCAUCCUGGUUCUGUUGACAUAUACCUUAAUUUGCUGGUGGUUUGUUUUGUGCUGAUUGCUAUUGCUACACACUUGCUAGUUAUUCAAUUAUUAUUGUCUUAUGUACUGCCA